GCGCCAGGGACCUUCCUAUUCCAUCCCAGGGGGACGGGAUAGCUUCUUUAUAUCUGAGCUUGGGCACGCCGGGAUUCUUUCCUUUGCAUUUGGCCCCAAAGCAUCUCAUAUCUUUGGGUCGCCACAGCCAACAUGGACAAGCAACUUUCCGAUGACCUCCCCACAUACCGCGAUGCGACGGCACCUUCCUCCAUGCCGCUUCCGACCUGGAUCAACCGAAGACGAAGGAGAAGAGACUUCCGUGUACUUGCUACUGCUUGCUUAGUGUUUCUCGCGAUCUCUGCAUACCGGAUUGCCAACAACACGCGGAAGUCCACUAGCACUCUUUCAAUCGAACGUCUGCACCAAGAUCACGCAGUAUGUGCUACUUUACGCAGAGAACCAGCCCAGGUCAGUACAGCACGUGAUCACAACAAACGCUGGGUCAAGGGUACCAAACCUCUGCUCAUCCGCAAUGCCACCAUCUGGACUGGCGAGCCUGCAGCAGGUACUUCUGAGUCAGAUGCAAGGGCCGGCAAAGGCUGGUCGUGGAUAUCGUCCGAUAUUUUUGUCGACAAGGGCCUGAUUGUCGAGAUACGCCCUAGCAUUGCUCUAAAGUCGCUGCCAUCUGAUACCAGCAUUUUCGAGGCGCAUGGCCGCUUGUUGACGGCAGGCAUUGUUGACAUGCACAGCCAUGCUGGUUUAUCGAGUGAGGGUGGCUUACAAGAUGAUACCAACGAAAUGUCCUCCGACAUCACACCUUAUGUACGGUCAAUUGACGGCGUGGAUCCCCUGCAGCCGGAAAUGGAGUACAUUAAGAGCGGCGGUGUAACAACAAGUUUAUUUCUUCCUGGAAGUGGAAACAACAUGGGUGGCGAAGCCUUCGUUCUGAAAUUUGCCGUGGGCAAAAAGAAUGGGAGAGAGGAGAUCAGCCAGCAGGAUCUUUAUGCGGACCCAGACAGAAACUGGCGCUACAUGAAGAUGGCUUGUGGCGAGAAUCCGAAGCGUGUAUAUGGAAAGGUAGGUGAGCAUGGGCCAGUGAGUCGCUUAGGCGAAGCAUGGGAGUUCCGACAUGCGCUUGAACAGGCGCAACAGUAUGUUAGGGAACAAGAUGAUUGGUGUACCUCUGCCGAUGCUAGGGGUGCUGAAAACAUGGCUACGUACUUGAAACAAGACCUGCGGUGGGAAUCACUUGGAGCAGUGCUCAGAGGACAGGUUAGGAUCAACACUCACUGCUACACAAUCCCGGAUCUAGAAGCAUUUGUGCGGCACACGAAUGAGUUCAAGUUCCGCGUAUAUGCGUUUCAUCACGCUCAUCAAACGUAUCUGGUGCCGGAAGUGCUGAAGCGGGCCUGGGGAGGUACACCCGCUGCAGCUUUAUUCGCGGACAAUAUGUACUACAAAGUAGAAGCAUAUACCGCCUCCGAGCGCGCAGGAGCCAUCCUUUAUGCUCAUAACAUCACCCCGACCUACGUCUCGGACAAUCCAGUCCUGAACUCCCAACACGUCGUCUUUGAAGCUGCAAAGGCAUAUGGGAAUGGACUUCCUUAUCACGCUGCUCUUGCUGGUGUAACAUCGGCUCCUGCUGACCUCUUAGGUUUGGGAGAUCGCAUUGGGAAGAUUAAGGCAGGCUUCGAUGCGGACAUCGUUGUCUGGGAUUCCGACCCGCUGACUGUUGGUGCAGCGCCUGUGCAAGUGUGGAUCGACGGCGCUGCACAGUUCAAGGACCCCUAUGAGCUGAAAAAGUCGGACGUAGAGCCAAUCACACCAAACCCGGGCCUUGCAAGCGAGCUCGAAAUGUCAUCGGUCAGUGGGUCCAUAGUAUUUUCCGGCAUCUCGUACGCCUACCCCGGAAUCGCAAAAGGCAAAUCUACUCAGGAGCAGCACGUUGACAACAUGUCUGCCGUCUUCCACAAUGGAAAGCUUGUGUGCUUGGGCACUUGCACGGGUGAGAUUGAAGCGGCAAGGUCUGCGAAUGCACUUGUCGUACAACUCAGAAACGGCCAUGUGACACCUCCUCUCACCGCCUUCAGCACCACACUCGGCCUUGCAGAGAUCGACGCCGAGCCCGAUACCCAUGAUGGACCACCCCCAAGUGAUGGCAUUACGCGCGCGAUCGAUGGUCUUCUCUUUGGUGGCAAGCAACUUGCACACGCUUAUUCGCAUGGUGUCACGCGCGCCAUUUCCGCUCCCAAUGAAUACGGAUUCCAGGCCAAAGGCGUGAGUGCUGGAUUUCGGACUGGUGCAAAACAUGUUCUAGAGGAUAAUGCGGUAUGGGCCGACGAAGUCGGAUUACAUUACGUGUUGACCCUUGCUGCGAAGGAUGAAACAACGGUCAGUGUAUCGGCUGCCAUCUCAAACCUGCGCGGAAAGCUUCUCGACGCAAUCAACGACAACACCACUGUCACCGAUAUACCAACCAAGGAUGGGUACGCAGAGAAGGCUUAUCUCAAACGCGUAAUCAAUGGGACACUUCCACUAGUCUUGGCCGCUCACAGCGCCGACACGAUCGCAUCUAUCAUCCGUCUGAAAUCUACAAUCGAACACGCAAUUUUGAAGGCCACACCCUCAUCCAGCCAGCCAGAUCUCCAUGUUGUAGUCAUCGGUGCUGCGGAGGCGCAUCUCGUAGCCACUGAGCUCGCAGCAGCCAAGAUCCCUGUCAUCCUUGCCCCACUGCAGCCACAUCAGGGCUCCUGGGAUCAGAAGCGGUGUCUGACAGGUGCCCCACUUACGAACGGCACGACAAUCAACUGGCUUCUUGAUGCCGGUGUUUUGGUAGGACUCAGUGUUGAGGAGACUUGGGAAACAAGGGACUUGGGAUUGCUGGCGGGCAUUGCGUAUGCGAAUAGUGAGGAAAGGCUAAAUCUUAACCAAGCUCUUGAUCUUGUGGGCAGGAAUGUGUACAAGGCGUUAGGCAUCGAAGUAAAUGUGUCCGGUGGUGAGGAGUGGGUCGUUUGGGAGGGAAGUCCUCUUGAGAUUGGAGGAAGGAUUAGGGCUAUUAGUGGGCUAAGUGGCCAGAUAGACGUUUGGCAGUAAAUUGUUAAAUCCAGAAGGGUAGCUAGUCCUAAAGAAUUAUUAGGGUUGGUUCUCGGGCAGGAC